GAUCGGUUUGGGUAAACUUGGUGUCGUUGAUGAUAAAUACGAUGUCUCGAUUUCAACCGCCUGUCCUGCAUUGAACGACAUCGUGGUUGAUUCUGUUGAAGUUGGACAAACUUGUGUAAAACAUCUUGGAAAAAACAAUUUAGGGAUAGCAUUUGGUAAAAUUCGAAGGCGCGUAGUGACUUUAAAUGGUGAAUUGAUUGACAAAUAUGGCACUAUGAGUGGCUCACUUAGAAGUACAGUGGAGAGAGUACUUAGUUCUUUAGAAUCUCAACUUCAAGAGAAAAAGGAUGAACUUCCUAAAUUAGAGUUUGAAAGUUUGAACUAUCAAAAACUUUAUUUCACCAAUAAAUUCUUGAUUGAAACGUCUCCUUCUAAAAUUGAAGAAGAGAUUAAGAUUUUGCAAGAUAAGAUUUUGGAAAUUUGGGGUGAUAAACUUCGAGCUCAAAAGUCUAAACAAAUAGUGAAAGAGAAUUUAGAAGAAUUAAAUAAUGAUAGAAAAUAUUACAAAAGAAAUUCAACAGAAAGCCAAUUUAAAAUCCAAAAACAAAUAGAAGAUAGUGAACGCAAUUUGAUAGAAAAUAAACAAAAAGAAAUUCAUUGGCAAAAAUCUCUUAACGACCUUACACUUCAUGAAAUUGGGGGUGACUAUGAGCAAGAAUUUCAAAUAUAUACUGAUGAUGAGCUCGAUGCAAUGAACAAAGAUACAUUACAAGGAGAGAUUGAUAUUCUUAAAGAAUAUAAUAUUCGUGAAAAAGAAUAUAAUUUACGUAAUGAAUGUAAAGAUAAUUACGAUAAUUUAAGAAAGCAAAGAUUGGACGAAUUCAUACAUGGAUUCAAUUUUAUUUCUCAAAAUCUUAAAGAAAUAUACCAGCGUUAUGCUGCCGAAAAGAGUUGGAAAAAUAUGUCAAAUUUAUCUGGUGGAGAAAAGACAUUUAGUUCUUUGGCUUUGGUAUUUGCGCUUCAUCAUUUCAAACCUACACCCAUAUAUGUUAUGGAUAAGAUUGAUGCGACCUUGGAUUUUCCGGAUCAUUUAAUAGGGGUUUAUAAAACUGAUGAUCAG